AUGGGUCAAUUACCGACGGAAUGUAUUCAAGAAAUAUUAAAAUUCGUGGAUAGUAAUUUGUUUUCAUGUCUUUUAAUCAAUCGUAUAUGGUGUAGGAAUACCGUACCGUUGAUAUGGAAUAAUCCAUUUAGAUUUAAAGGAUUAUCCGAUCAAAAACAUUCAAGAUUUCUUGAUAAUUAUCUUAAAAGUUUAAAUCAAGAGGAGAAAUUUUGGUUAAUUCAAAAAGGAAUUGCACUCGCACAUGAGCAACCAUUAUUGUUUGAUUAUGCAUCAUUUUUGGAGGUGAUUAAAUUCGACAAAUUGGAUCUCACCAUAAAGAAUUGGGUUGAAUAUAUUUAUUAUGAUUUCAAGGUACCAAAAAUUAUUUUUUUGGAAAAAGGAGAAUAUUAUAUUAAUAUCUUAACCGUCUUAUUUAAAUUGUUCAUGAGACAAUCAAGGGGCAUUCGAUCAUUAUUUAUUAGUGAAAUCAUGAACAUACCUACCGUUACCAGAAUAAAAUUUCCCGAUUUUUCAACAUUUUCUUUGGCGGUGCCUGGUAUUAAAGGAGUCAAAGAUGUUGAAAUUAAUUUUACUUAUGAGGUAAAACCUUAUAGGAAACUUUUCGAAGCAAUCUCCACGUCAUGCGCCCAGAUUCAAAACUUUUCAUUAUCCUUCCCAUGUACUGUUAGAUAUAGAAGUUUACCACAAUUUAACAGUAGUUUGAUAAACAUGAUAAGAAAUCAAAGGAGAUUGGAAUCUAUUACUUUGAAAUUUGUUAUGUUUAGCCUAACUGAUCUGAAAUCAGUAUUCAGUUCUUUAAACCUACAUAUCAAUUGGUUAAGGAAGAUUGAAUUGAAUUUUUUGGGUAUUAAUCUCACGGAUUUUUCAUUAAUUUUUUCACAAAAACAUAAUAAUCAACCAAUCGAAUUAAGAUUAAUUGAUUGUGAAUUAUACUUGUAUGUUGAAAACGCCAAACAAGUUAGUGAAUUUGGGAACUUAAAAUUACCUAUAGAUAGUUUGACGAUUUUAUUUGAGAAUGAUUAUUCGUUAAUUUAUCAACCAAUAUUAUUACAACUCGUGGGAGAAAAUUUGAGGAACCUUUCUUUAAAUAAAUUGGAUGAAGAUACCAUUCGAUACAUUUUAGCUUUUUGCGAGAACAUUACAUCUUUAGAAAUUGUUGAAUUACUUCGUACGAAUUUCUCCGAUUGUUUCAUGUUGAUCAAAGAACUUCGAAUUCGUAAAUUAAAAUUAUCGAUUAGUGAUAAUAGAAAUUCUCUUGAUGUGGAAUCAAUUACAUCGUCCUUUUUUUUAAAUUUGUCGUGUAAUUUACCUACGACAUUAACUUCACUAGUGUUGGGAAAUAUUCAGACGAUUGAGUAUUUACCAUAUUUUCUUGAAAAUUUCGAAGCUCCAAAUUUACGUGAGAUAAUCCUACAAGAGCAGAGGAAUAACUUAUCGAUUAUUAAUUCAUUAAAGAAUUUUGAUCGUUAUCUUGAAUUAAUUAAACUCAAAGACAUCCAUUUAUUUGGGAUAGAAUAUGAAGGAAACAUUGAUCAAUAUGAACUUAAUCAAUGUUAUGCUAAUAACGAAUUCAUUGGAAAAUUGAAAUUUUUAAAAAAAGAUAAUGGAAAUUUUGGAUUUUACGUAGGUAGUAAGUUAAAUUCCAAACAUUAA